AUGCCGCUAUAUCUCACCUUCAUCGAGUUGAAGAAGGCCUUCGACUCAGUUGAGACGGAGGCGGUCAUGGAAACCUUGGACAACCAAGGCGUCUCUACUCAGUACAUAAAGGUACUUCGAGAGUUGCACAGCAACUUCACAACGGGAAUUUCGCCAUUCUACAAGAAUAUCAUUAUUGACGUGAAGAGGGAGGUCCGACAGGGUGAUGUAAUCUCACCCAAAAUAUUCACAACCACCCUCGAGAACGCAAUGCGAAAGUUGGAAUGGGACGACAUGGGAGUGAAGGUUGAUGGUCGGAAGCUACACCAUUUGCGCUCUGCUGAUGACAUCGUACUGAUAAAACCUAGCAUCAGCCAAGCGGAACGAAUGGUGACCGAAUUCGACGAAACAUGUAGAUGCAUCGGUCUUCUGCUGAAUCUGCAAAAGGCGAUGUUCAUGCGUAACGGAUGGAUCACGAAUGCUCCAUUCACGCUCAACGUAACGAACAUAUCGGAAUGCACAAGAUACGGUUAUCUGGGUCGGGAAUUGAACAUGAUGAACGACCUGACCCCCGAGCUGGGCAGGAUGAGACGAGCGGCUUGUGGAGCGUAUAAGAGCAUCGAGGAGUGA